CCUCGGAAGACCGGGGUCAACAUGCCUGUUCGCAGGGGGCAUGUGGCACCACAAAACACAUUUUUGGGGACCAUCAUACGGAAAUUUGAAGGGCAAAAUAAAAAAUUUAUCAUUGCAAAUGCUAGAGUGCAAAACUGUGCCAUCAUCUACUGCAAUGAUGGGUUCUGCGAGAUGACUGGUUUCUCCAGGCCAGAUGUCAUGCAAAAGCCGUGCACCUGUGACUUUCUCCAUGGGCCUGAGACCAAGAGGCAUGAUAUUGCCCAGAUUGCCCAGGCAUUGCUGGGGUCAGAGGAGAGGAAAGUGGAGGUUACCUAUUAUCACAAAAAUGGGUCCACUUUCAUCUGUAACACUCACAUAAUACCAGUGAAAAACCAAGAGGGAGUGGCUAUGAUGUUCAUCAUUAAUUUUGAGUAUGUGACAGAUGAGGAAAACGCUGCCUCCCCAGAGAGGGUAAACCCAAUAUUACCAGUCAAAACUGUAAACCGGAAACUUUUUGGGUUCAAAUUUCCUCGUCUGAGAGUUCUCACUUACAGAAAGCAGUCCUUACCACAAGAAGACCCUGAUGUGGUAGUAAUUGAUUCAUCUAAACACAGUGAUGAUUCAGUAGCCAUGAAGCACUUCAAGUCUCCUACAAAAGAGAGCUGCAGCCCCUCCGAAGCUGAUGAUACAAAAGCCUUGAUACAGCCCAGCAAAUGUUCGCCCUUGGUGAAUAUAUCUGGACCUCUUGACCAUUCCUCUCCCAAAAGGCAAUGGGACCGACUCUACCCUGACAUGCUGCAGUCAAGUACCCAGCUGACUCAUUCCAGAUCGAAGGAAAGCAUUUGUAGCAUACGGAGGGCUUCUUCAGUUCACGAUAUAGAAGGAUUCAGUGUCCACCCCAAGAACAUAUUUAGAGACCGACAUGCCAGUGAAGACAAUGGUCGCAAUGUGAAAGGGCCUUUUAAUCAUAUCAAGUCAAGCCUCCUGGGAUCCACGUCAGAUUCAAAUCUCAACAAAUACAGCACCAUUAACAAGAUUCCACAGCUUACCCUGAAUUUUUCAGACGUCAAAACUGAAAAAAAGAAUGCAUCCCCUCCUUCUUCAGAUAAAACCAUUAUUGCUCCCAAGGUUAAAGAUCGAACACACAAUGUGACAGAGAAAGUCACCCAGGUUCUCUCUUUAGGAGCAGAUGUCCUGCCAGAAUAUAAACUGCAGACCCCACGCAUCAACAAGUUUACAAUAUUGCACUACAGCCCCUUCAAGGCAGUCUGGGAUUGGCUUAUUCUGCUCUUGGUCAUAUACACUGCUAUAUUCACGCCCUACUCUGCAGCCUUUCUCCUCAAUGACAGAGAAGAACAGAAAAGACGAGAAUGUGGCUAUUCUUGUAGCCCCUUGAAUGUGGUGGACUUGAUUGUGGACAUUAUGUUCAUCAUAGAUAUUCUAAUAAACUUCAGAACAACGUAUGUAAAUCAGAAUGAAGAAGUGGUAAGUGAUCCGGCCAAAAUAGCGAUACACUACUUCAAAGGCUGGUUCCUGAUUGACAUGGUUGCAGCAAUUCCUUUUGACUUGCUGAUUUUUGGAUCCGGUUCUGAUGAGACGACAACAUUAAUUGGUCUUUUGAAGACAGCUCGACUUCUUCGUCUUGUACGAGUGGCCCGGAAACUUGAUCGAUAUUCAGAGUAUGGCGCUGCUGUUCUAAUGCUCUUAAUGUGCAUAUUUGCCCUGAUAGCUCACUGGCUGGCUUGCAUUUGGUAUGCAAUUGGGAAUGUAGAAAGGCCCUACCUGACAGACAAAAUCGGAUGGUUGGAUUCCUUAGGACAACAAAUCGGGAAACGUUACAAUGACAGUGACUCAAGUUCUGGACCAUCCAUUAAAGACAAAUACGUCACAGCACUUUAUUUUACCUUCAGCAGUUUAACCAGUGUAGGAUUCGGGAAUGUGUCUCCUAACACCAAUUCGGAGAAAAUCUUUUCAAUCUGCGUCAUGUUGAUUGGCUCACUAAUGUAUGCAAGCAUUUUUGGGAAUGUAUCUGCGAUUAUCCAAAGACUAUACUCGGGAACUGCCAGGUACCACAUGCAAAUGCUUCGAGUGAAAGAGUUCAUUCGCUUUCACCAAAUCCCCAACCCUUUGAGGCAACGGCUUGAAGAAUAUUUUCAGCACGCGUGGACGUACACCAAUGGCAUUGACAUGAACAUGGUCCUAAAGGGUUUCCCAGAAUGUUUACAAGCUGACAUUUGUCUACAUCUCAACCAGACUUUGCUACAAAACUGCAAAGCCUUUCGGGGGGCAAGUAAAGGUUGCCUUAGAGCUUUGGCAAUGAAGUUCAAGACGACCCACGCACCUCCAGGAGACACCCUCGUUCACUGUGGGGAUGUCCUCACUGCCCUUUAUUUCUUAUCCAGAGGCUCCAUUGAAAUCCUCAAAGAUGACAUUGUGGUAGCUAUUCUGGGAAGAAGCAUGCUUCAUUGCAUUCCUGAUCUUAGAAUCAGCCUGCCCCAGCUUCUACAGGGAGGAAAAAACGAUAUAUUUGGAGAAAUGGUUCAUCUUUAUGCUAAACCUGGAAAGUCUAAUGCAGAUGUGAGAGCUCUCACAUACUGUGACUUGCAUAAGAUCCAGAGAGAAGACUUGUUAGAAGUUUUGGAUAUGUAUCCUGAGUUUUCCGAUCACUUUCUCACAAACCUAGAAUUGACUUUUAACCUAAGACAUGAGAGUGCAAAGGCUGAUCUCUUACUACGAUCACAAUCCAUGAAUGAUUCUGAAGGAGACAACUGUAAACUACGAAGAAGGAAAUUCUCAUUUGAUAGUGAGGGAGACAAAGAUUUUGGCAAAGGGAGCAGUACAAAUGGUCCUGAAGACUCUGUAGACACCAUAAGACAUUAUCAGAGUUCCAAGAAGCACUUUGAGGAGAAAAAAAGCAGAUCUUCAUCUUUCAUCUCCUCCAUUGAUGAUGAGCAAAAGCCUCUCUUCUCAGGAAUGGCAGAUUCUCCUGCAGGAAUGGGGAAAGCAGCUGGACUCAAUUUUGAAGAAACAGUGCCCAUCUCAGGAAGAAUUCACAUAGAUAAAAGAAGUCACUCUUGCAAAGAUAUCACUGACACGAGAAGCUGGGAGCGAGAAAAUGCACAGACUCAGGCCGAUGAGUCUAGUCCCUCAGCACUCCAGCGAGCUGCCUGGGGCAUCUCUGAAACGGAGAGUGACCUCACUUACGGGGAAGUGGAGCAAAGAUUAGAUUUGCUUCAAGAACAGCUUAACAGACUUGAAUCCCAAAUGACUGCUGACAUCCAGACCAUCUUACAGUUGCUGCAGAAACAAACCCCCGUGGUCCCCCCAGCCUACAGCAUGGUAACUGCUGGCUCAGAGUGUCAGAGGCCCAUCAUCCACCUGAUGAGAACCAGCCACCCCAUAGCGUCCAUCAAGACGGACCAAAGUUUCAGUCCUUCCUCACAAUGUCCUGAAUUUCUAGACCUUGAAAAAUCUAAACUUAAAUCCAAAGAAUCCCUCUCAAGUGGGGUGCAUCUGAACACAGCUUCGGAAGACAACUUGACUUCACUUUUAAAACAAGACAGUGAUCUCUCUUUAGAGCUUCACCCGCGGCAAAGAAAAACUUACCUUCAUCCAAUUAGGCAUCCUUCUUUGACAGAUUCAUCCCUAAGCACUGUAGGAAUCUUGGGUCUUCAUAGGCAUGUUUCUGAUCCUGGUCUUCCGGGGAAAUAAUCAUUUUGUACUAUUUACUCCACAUACAAUGUAAGUGCUUUUAAUGGCUGUAUUCCUUUUUUUGUAUUUAAAUCCUCUCUACUUGACUCAGGGGCUCACAAGAUACCAUUAUAUGCAAAAGUACUGUAUAUUUUCCUAAAUUGAAGCUUGUAAGGUAAAAUUGAGCAAUUAGGAUGUAAAUAUACAUAUGAACUCUUUUGUUCCAAAUGUUCAAACUGCCAGCAUCCCAAGGCAUCUUAUUAUUAUUUUUUUUAAAUCAUGUGCAUGUUAGGAAACUCCAAUUUCUCUUGCAUGGAGACUCCUACUUACUACUUUUACUACCCCAGUAUUUUGUUAUGAAAAUGCCUUCCAAGCAAGUAGGAAACCAAGGAAUAACAUUGUUCAUGGAUGCAAAUCAGGUAAUCCUCAACUCAUGGAAGUUCCAGGGGGAAAAAGAGAACUUAGUCACUUUGAGAACAGAUACCCUUCUGUAUUGAGAUGUUUAUAGAGUUAAUUACAUUCAUUUCACCACACUGGGGGAAAAAAAAAAGUUCUAAAAAAGAUCUAAUCGCGUAGGGAGUCAUCUCCAAAUACAUGAAUAUAGGCCAGCUUUAAUGAGGACAAAAAGGCCUUUCUAUUUAAAAUUCUGUCUCUAAUUUCAUUUACAAACUACCUAAAAUAUUUCUCAAUGGCACAUUUCCUUGAACACUUAGAAACAAGCUUUUUCCUCAUUUUUCUUUUUCUUUUUCUUUCUUUCUUUCUUUUUUUUUUUGAAGGGGGAGGGAAUCUUCUCAAGAACUGCUAAAGCAUGACUGACACAAGCUGAUAUCCAGAGCUUUCCUCUGAUUCAUAUUUUAGGGCAAUCCUGAACUGGAUCAAAAGCGGACGCACAUAGUUCUUUUCAAAAAAUGUGCAUCUUAGUGGAUGUGCAUGGCAAAACUAGCUUCCAUUAAGUGUAUGUUGUCCCAUGGUUUUCUUAUCCCAGCUGUGGAAAAACAAUGUUUUUUUACCUGCCUGUAAAGGAAAUUAACACACCAGCAGUUAAAUCUCAGUUUUGUUCGGUUACUCAAACACAUUUGCUAAUCAAAGAUUAAAUGAAAAUGUAUUAUAUAUGGAUUGGGCCAAAUAUAUUUGGACCCCAGAAUAUCAGAACAUACAAUGGAAUAUAUUUUAAUAUCUUUAACUGUUAGAUUUUUUUGGAGGGAGAAGGAAAUGCCUCUCAUAAAAUCAGGAUACAGAAAAAAAUUGCAAGUUAAGAAUCUGAUUAGUCAAUUUUUAGUCAAGUUUUAUUUCUCAGUUCAUUUGAGUCCAAUUUUAAACUUAUCAUGGACUGAUCCAUUAUACCCUUUCCUUCUGAACAAAAUUUUGAAAUUUUCUGCAAGUUUCUUCAUUCUUUAAUAAUUCUUAUACUCACACGUAUUUUUAAAGAAAUAAUAUACAUUAUUAAAUGGAUUAAUUUCUAUCUCUCCAGGAUAGAAAUGUAAUCUAUUGACUUACCUUUACUUUUGACACUAUUAGUUUCAAAUACAAGCAAUUCAUUUAAAUUUACAAAGCUACUGCACUUUUUAAAACAUGAUUAAAGUGACCUUAAGUUGCUACCCUAUAUAUUUUUAAACAGUCACAUGUGUGGAAGGCAAUCUGUAGACAUGAGCAAAUUCAUAUCCCUGCUAAAUGUUGGAAAAAAACAAAACAAGUGUGUAUGACAAAAUGACCAGUCCAUUCAAUAAAAAACAGAACAAGUUCACCUAGCUUCUCAAACCAUUUGGUGUUAAUGUAGAUACAAAUUUAGGGACUAACUGAUGCUAUCCUUCCUUCAUUCAACAAACAUUUAUGGGUGCUUAGCAGGGGGAAGAAAUGGCUAAAUUUGAUUCAGAGGACUAUUUAGGGAUUUUAUGUCUAUAUUUAGGCACAUUUUUGCAACUGCAACAAAUUUCAUAAAGAUCGCCGGGGAAAUUCAGAAUGAAUUCACAAGAGACUGUUCAUUUGUAGGUAGCGAGGAUUUGGCAGAUGAGGAAUUUAGAUCUGAUUGUAGGAUUAGUGAAUGCUUCAGCUGGAACACUGGUAUGGCAUGCGUAAAAUGCAGUCUUCCACAUAAAGCCUCUAUACUUCUUUAUAAAAAUGGAGCAUGAAGGCACGGAAGAUGGGGAAUAGUGUAUAAGCAUCCCGCUUGUUUAAUUCUAGCAUAACACAAACUGUCUUCCUCUUAAUUCCUCGACAUAAAAGAAUCGCUUGAUAAUAUAAUCCAAGUCUCAGAGAACUGGACAGGAUUAAGAAGAUCCCCUCUUAUAGGCUAUCAGCUUAACAAGAGCCUGAACAAUGUAAAGAUGUGGUUAGUUAGGCAGAAAUGACAGAGGCUCAAUGGUUAAAACGACUUAAUGGAUGACCAAAAAAAUUCUCCUACUUUACAAAAUCUGUCUCCUUGUCCCAGCCAGAGAUCUAACGCCUAAAGUCACUGUCACUUUCCCCACAGCCUGAGCCCUCCAUGUGGGGAUGGUCCUGAGAGGCAGGGGUGACAGCUACAGAGUAGUGUAGCACCGCUCUCCUUCUAGGGAAUUAGAAGCACUAACUUCACUCCUUUUGCUUUCCACCUAAAAAUAAUGUUACCUGGUUCCCAGGCCUAAAUAAAAUGCCCUCUAAAAUCUGAAGUUCAUCUGAGUGAGAUGUUUUCCUGCUGCUAUUAAUUUCUGGGCAGAGAGCUGGAAGUAUCACUUUACCCUGUAGGAGAGUCCCAUAGUCUGAUGAGUUGAUAAGGAAAGGAGAAAUGAAAAAUGCUGAAGCAAUGUGCUUGCAGGAUUUUUAAAUUAAUAAUCACUCAUUCAACAAACACGAGAAGGCAGGGACAAAUUUGGGAUAGCCUAGUUUCUUAGGUACAUGAUAAUGGAAUGGUCAUCGGAGAUGAAUUCUCCCACUCUUCCAGUCACAAGAUACGGAAACCAGGCCAGGGUAGAGCAGCACUGGGUGUGAGGCUGAGUGCAUACGCAUGAGGGUUGCCCUUACAGGUCUUUUUGGAGGUUUAUCUUUAGCCAUGGCUCCAGAAUGCCUAAAAGAACAAUGUCCUUAACCAAAUGUUAUUUAAAAUCCCAUCAUAUAUUAUCAAAGGAUAAAAUUUAUCACCUCAUCAGCAUACCUAAAAUAAUCAUUCUUACGGUAUCUUUCCUUUGAAGGCUUUUCCUGUUUAAAAAAGGGAUGUGGUAGAUCUAGUAUUAAAAAUGAAUCACAACACUGACUAAUUUAUAAUACAGUGGUCUUUAAAUUGCUUAUCCAUGGUUAAAACCAAAAGCAGAUCAAUGUAUUUAAGUAGAUUUCUUACUGCAAGUCGAAAUUUUUAUAAAUUACAAAAAAACUUAUGUUUCUAAUCAUUUUUUUUGGCAGUACAACAAAUGUGUCUGUCAUGUGAGUUUAAAGGCACUUGGAAGACAAAAUGAUGUCCUCACAUGUAGUCCUAGAAUUAGCAGCACUAACACCACUGAGGAACAUGCUAGAAAUUCAUACUUGAGCCCCACCCAGACCUACUCACUCAGAAACUCUGGAGGUGGGACCCGGCAAUCAUCUUUAACAAGCCCUCCCUAUAUGAUCCCAGUAAACACAAAAACUUUGAGAAUCAAUGUAGAUGGGUCUCGGGAUGAGUUUUCCUUAAUAGUUUUGUGACCCUGACCGAUUUCAUUAAUGUCCCUGAGUCCUUUUCCUGAAUUUGUAAAAAUGAGAUAGUGGUAACUGCCUCAAAGAAGCUUAAGAAAUGAGGUAACACAAAGUGCCUGGCACAUAGUAGGUGCCCCAAAACUCUAGAUUCUUUGAUUUUCAUCUGCGAACAUGGUACUAAAAACAAUCAGGAGAACAAUCUUCCACAAUUUAGCUCGUAUAUAAUGUGCUACGUCUCCAGCUAAAUAGCUGUUACCAAGACUGAAGUUUUUGAUUCAGAAAACGCAAGUUGUAGCUUUUGUUUUCUAUAAAUGUAUUUUGCACUAUUAGGUUUAUAGCUUUAAAGUAAAACUUAGUAUUUAUAAUAAUAAAAGCGAGAGUAUGAAUGUCAUUGUUCCAAACCUAUCUACCCUGAAUCAGUGUUAAAUGCCAGGUACGCUAGGUGAUCUGUUGAAGUCGGUACAAGUAGCACGUGGUCUGUAAAGACCGGCUCACCGGGGAAGCCCCUCUUUAGAUCCACGAUAUUGUUCCCACAUGCAUAUUUGAACAUGCAUUUUCGAAAUACGCUUUCGAAAGAAAAUACACUAUUUUUUCAGAAAAUAGAAUGUAUAGUUGUGGCGGUUCUUGGCAGGCGUCUAGGCCCACUUCGUCAUGCACAGAUCCGUCACCCGGACAACCCGCCCCAGUCCAGCGUUCAGUGGUAGAAAUGGCAGAGACCCGGGGUGCUACACCUGAGUUCGAAUCCCACUUGCUCCACUUACUUUCAAGACAAAGCCUC